GGAAGGGAAGGCUGAGUCUGGACACGCGGCCCGCGGGUUCACGCGGGGUCGGUGGGGCACCCGCGGCGCGCAGCAGCUGGGGAGAGCCGAGGGGCUGGGAGGCUGCGUGGCGACUGGGACGUCUUUGAGGGGCGUCUGUAGGUCAGGAUGCGGCGGAGCACCCGCCCCGGCUCGGUCACAUCCCCAGAUGAGCACGCGCCCAACUUCUACAGCGAGAACAGCAACAGCUCAGAAAGUAUCCCUUCGGGGAACUGCAGCGGGCGCCGGUCUCCCGGGCCGGGGCCCGGGGAGCCCGAGGGCAGAAGGGCCCGGGGCGCGAGCUGUGGUGAGCCCGCCUUGCGCUCAGGACUGCCCGGAGGAACCCCAUGGGCUGGAAGCUCUCGGCAGGAGUCUGCGCCUCGGAACCACAAUGCGGAGACCGCGUGUGGCGCGGCAACCGUGAGGGGCGGGGCCUCGGUCUCUGAGGAGCAGCGGAGCCUUCUCGCGACCCUGGAUCCGAGGCGGGAGAUGCCUGCCCUGCGGGUGACCAAGAGCUUCCUGAGCCUCCUCUUUCAGGUGCUGAGAGUGCUGUUGUCCCAAGUCCGAGACGCGCUGCUCGGUGUGUGCAGGGAGGUCUGCUCUGCCCGCUUCCUGUUUGCCACAUCGCUGCUGAGCAUCUUUCUAGCUGCACUUUCUUGGGGGCUCCUGCACCUGUUCCCUCCUUUGGAGAAUGAACCUAAGGCGAUGCUGACUCCCAGCGAGUACCAUGAUCGUGUGCGUUCCCACGGGCAGCAGCUGCAGCAGCUUCAGGCCGAACUGAAUAAACUGCGCAAAGAGGUGAUCCGCGUACGCGAGGCCCACAGCGAGAGAGUGGCCAAGCUCGUGUUCCAGCGGCUGAAUGAGGACUUCGUGCAGAAACCAGACUAUGCCCUGAGCUCUGUGGGAGCCACCAUUGACCUAGAGAAGACAUCCCAGGACUAUGAGGACACAAACACGGCCUACUUCUGGAAUCGCUUCAGUUUCUGGAACUACGCGAGGCCACCUACGGUCAUCCUGGAGCCAGAUGUGUUCCCUGGAAAUUGCUGGGCUUUUCAGGGAGACCAGGGCCAGGUGGCAAUCCGGUUGGCAGGUCGUGUGCAGCUGAGCCACAUCACCCUGCAGCAUCCACCGCCCAGCGUGGCGCACACCGGGGAUGCCAGCAGUGCCCCUCGAGAUUUUGCAGUCUUUGGCCUCCAGGUUGAUGAUGACACUGAAGUUUUCCUGGGGAGAUUCACCUUUGAUGUGAAGAAAUCUGCAAUUCAGACUUUUCACCUACAGAAUGACCCACCAUCUGCCUUUCCCAAGGUGAAGAUCCAGAUCCUAAGCAACUGGGGACACCCCCGCUUCACAUGCCUAUAUCGAGUCCGUGUUCAUGGCUUACGAAUCUCAGAGGGAGAGGACAGUGCCACAGGGGCCACUGGGGGGCCCCAUUAAACAUGGUGAUCAUUGGAGCAAGCUUUGAGCUUUA